GAGUCCGUUUUAGAACUACAUAUUUUGAUGAUAAUAUUUAAAUAGUAAUUAGAAAUAUUUCUUGAUGACACAUCAAUUUGUACGACGACGGCUAAGGCUAGACAGAGGCCGGUGUAUGAUAAACGUACUGAAAACCUUUUCAGUGUCAGCGAUGGCAUCGUGUAAAAAAUUCACGACGUAGGUUUUUGGAACGAGGUUAAAGAAAGUUUUUCUUGCAAUGGAUGACAAAAGUUUGGAAACUGAAUUGGAAGAUGAAAAAGAAAGUUUUCAAUCUCAAAGCGACGGUACAUUUAUAUCAAAUUUUCUACAAAACAAUAUCAAGACUACGCAGCUGGAAAUUAAUACCGAUAUUAAAACUUUUAGAACAGUAGCUAAAUUAAAAGAGCCAAGGGAUUUGUUUGCUUUACCAAGAGAGCUUGACUGCCCACAACAGGCACCAAGAUGGCCCUCAGAGUGUCAAGUUGUAGAAGAAAAAAUACAACACAUCACAUGGAGUCCCGCAUCGCCAGAACCUUAUUACAUUUCUACCGGAAAAGAGUUGCGGCCUCAACCUGUUGGCGAAGAAGCUGGAACAGUUAUCUAUCAAUAUUACCCUAUGAGUGCGGUGAAUUAUUUCAGUCGUUCCACUGUCGGUGGUUCUCGUUUAUACCUGUCAGCUUGUGCGACUGCCGGAGGUGAAGACGAGCUAAGAUUUGAAUCUCGAUUCGAAAGUGGAAAUCUUGCCAAAGCAAUAAAAAUAACACCAGCUUAUUACGAACUGCAUCUACGCACCGAUUUGUAUACGAACAGACACAUGCAAUGGUUCUAUUUUAAAGUUACAAAUACGAAAAAACAGACGAUAUACAGAUUCUCGAUAGUAAAUCUUACAAAGGCUGAAAGCUUGUAUAAUGAAGGUAUGCGACCUUUACUGUAUUCGACGAAGGACGCGCAGUUGCAUUCGAUUGGAUGGAGACGGUGCGGCGAUAACAUCGCUUAUUAUAAAAACGAUUCUACGUAAGUUAACAGAAGCCUUGAAUGUGAGGAAGAAGAACAAUUUCCAAGUUAUACAUUAACUUUUAACAUAGAGUUUCCACAUACGGAUGAUGCUGUUUAUAUUGCACAUUGUUAUCCUUACACUUACUCCGAUUUACAAGAGUAUUUAUCGAGACUACAGUCUCAUCCAAUUAAAUCUACAUAUUCAAAACUAAGACUGCUUUGCCGAACACUGGCUGGUAAUAAUGUAUAUUACUUGACUAUCACUGCUCCUCCAAAUCCUAAUGACAUAGAUCCAAGGAAAAAGAAGGCAGUAGUCAUAUCAGCAAGGGUGCAUCCAGGAGAGACGCCAUCAUCAUGGAUGAUGAAAGGUUUCAUGGACUAUUUAACAGGCGAUUCAAAUCAAGCCCGCGAGUUGCGUGAAAAGUUUAUUUUCAAAUUAGUUCCUAUGCUGAACCCGGAUGGCGUAAUUGUCGGUAAUAAUCGAUGUUCGUUGACCGGAAAGGACCUAAACAGACAAUAUCGAACAGUCAUAAGGGAAACCUAUCCGCCGGUUUGGCACACAAAAGUAAUGUUACGGAGAUUGCAGGAAGAGUGCGAUGUAGCAAUGUACGUGGAUUUACACGCGCACUCUCGGAAACAUAAUGUGUUCAUAUAUGGAUGUGAAAGUCGGAGAAAUUCAGACAAAAGGCUACAGGAACAAGUGUUUCCAUUGAUGCUUCAUAAAAAUGCUGCUGAUAAGUUCUCGUUCGAAAACUGCAAAUUUCGCAUACAAAAAAGCAAAGAAGGCACAGGACGUGUAGUUGUUUGGAUGAUGGGAGUUGCAAACAGCUACACAAUGGAAGCAUCCUUCGGAGGGUCUGAAUUAGGCAGCAGAAUGUCCACUCAUUUUGCAGUUCAGGACUACGAGAGCCUAGGCAAAACCUUCUGCGAGACGUUGUUAGAUUUUUACGACGAUGAUCCAAGUAAGGAAAGACUGAGAAACAAGAUUGUAGCAAGACUUUUAAAAGAGGGUUCUAAUGCUGACGAGCCGACUAACAUAGAUCUAUCUGAUUAUUCAAGUGAUGAGGGAGAUACUUCGAGCAGUAGCUCAGAUGCCGCUGGCAGACGAGAAGAGAGAAACGUUGUGCAACCAGCGCCACCACCUUCACCAAUUUUCCCGGAAAUCAACAGAUGUAUGAGUGAGAAACCGCGAAAACCACGACCAAAAAUUGAAAAUACUCAACGGAUCGAGAAGGAGAAAAAGAGAACCAAGCGACAAACAUUACAAGUAUCACGUGCAACCAUAGACCUUACAUCAGAUGCAAUGAGUGACGCGUCUUCCGAUGCGGAGUCUUGUGAAGAAAAUCUAAGUCCAGUGAGAAGAAUUCACAAACUUUUACAUUCCUCCACGAAACCAAAACCGAGAAGGAGAAAGAAAAUGCCACCUGAACUAAAGAUUAUACGAGCUCCGACCAGCGAUUCUCCAUAUCAUUCAGAUAGAGAGAAAAAGUCGCCAAAAUGUGGAAGACCACGAAGUGUUUCCAUGAUAAAUCAGCCGAUAGAAAAACCGAAGCUGAAGCCAGCGUCGUGGCAUCAAUUUCGGUGUUUGCCACCUCCUAAGUAUUUAGCUGAAAUGAAAAACAGGAUCUCCCAGCCAUCGGAGCUACAAGUUAAACUAACAUCUAUCAAAAGAAACGUGUGGACUGGUGUUCAGAGUGAUGACAAGGGACCACUGUCUUGGGGAAUUUCAAGCUUUGCUAUGAAUUCUUACUUUACUGACAGUGAAGCCUUGCUGAGAUCUUGCUCAAAGAAAUUAGAAGAAUUAGAAGGAGAGCGUAAGAAGUUGAAGGAAGAGAAGAAAAAGAAAAAAACUAAGAGUAAAAAACUAUCUCUAAAAUUGCCAAAUUCAAUGGAUGACAUUUUAGAACCAAUUAGUAAAUUUCCUAAAACCUGGAAGAAGAAGGGAAAGUUGAAGCACACAAAGUCAGAGAACUCCCCAUACAUGAGCAAUACAAGCUUUACAGAUAUUCCUCGGAACACACAGCCAUCCCAAAAAGCGAGUCCAGUCACAAAUAGACAGUCAAAGUCUCGCUUUAGAAAAACAGCAUUUGUAACUACUGCUGUACAGACAAAGAAGACAAAUACUAAAACAAAUACAAUGAUUUCAGACAAUUCUGACUCUGAUGAUUCUGUUCAAUCUACAAAAAAGGUAAAAAAGAAAACCAAAUCCAUAAAAGGUAAAUUAACUAAGGCUGUCUCAGAGAUCAAGGGAAAGAUCUGA